AUGAAAGACUCGCUGUACGAACGUCUCUGGCGCCGAGAAUGCGGGGACCUGUCGCCAUACGCCUCGCUCCGCGGCAUUUACGGCUCCAAAGAAUGGAUCAACGAUCUCGACAUCGUCAAUGAGUUGGGCGGUCAUACGGGCUGUGUGAAUGCUCUCAGUUGGGCCAAGUCCGGACGUCUCUUGGCCUCUGGCUCGGAUGAUCAGCACUUGAAUAUCUAUUCGUACCAGCCCGACUCCUCCGAUGCGCAGUUCGCCUUGAAUACGACCGUCGCCACUGGCCAUAGGGCCAACAUCUUCUCCAUCAAGUUCAUGCCACACUCGAACGACCGGACGUUGAUAACCUGUGCAGGCGAUUCGCAAGUGCGCGUCUUCGACAUCGAAUAUUCCAGUGCCAACGGCAAUAUCGCUUCUACUUCGGCGUUUGCAGCCUCGGCUCGGAGUCGGCGCUUCAAUAACUUUUUCGAAGGGACGCGAUAUCUGAGCGAGGGUAACACCAAUGCUAGGGUUUAUCGCAGUCAUGCCGAUCGCGUGAAGCGUAUUGUCACUGAAUCAUCGCCACACCUGUUCCUCACAUGCUCUGAAGAUGGAGAAGUUCGCCAGUGGGAUCUUCGUCAGCCCUCCGAGGCUUAUCCUCCACCACGGGGUGGUCAGGGGAAGUUCCGCCUCGACCUCAAUACGAUAUCAUGCUCUCCCAGUCAACCGCACUAUAUUGCCCUCGGUGGUGCUCACAUGCACUGCUUCUUGCAUGACCGACGUAUGCUUGGCCGGGACCUUCUAGCUGAACGAGGGAGCCCGAGUCUAUCUACACCAAGCGCUGCCAGUCUUGACGAUGAAAUGAUGGGCAAAGCGACCCGAUGCGUUCGGCGCUUUGCUCCCCGGGGUAAACGUCGCCUCAAGCACCUCGAUGACGGGCAUAUCACCGCCUGCAAGAUCAGUGAUGCAAACCCAGAUGAGAUGAUCGUCAGUUGGUCUGGGGAUCACAUCUACAGCUUCGAUCUUAUCCGAAGUCCGGAUGCGCGGGACAUUUCACCUGAAUUGCCUUCUGCAUCGAAAAAAGCUAAUCGUCGCAAAACUGACUCCCAAGGCCGAAAACGCAAGCGUCCUAAGCCGGCGUCAAUGUCGUCCCAGGAAAGUGGUGACCGCCACCGACCUCAUCAGCGCUCGGGAGAACCGGAUGCUUUCAGAGUUACCUAUGAGAAUGGUGACUCCGAGGACAUUCUCUUCCCGACAAUUCCCGAUGAUGAUGAGCUGGCUAUGGUUCAACGCGCGAGAUACUCUGUGCUGAGUGAGGCUCAGCGACUUAGUAUGCAGAUUGCAAAGGGGCUCGUUAAGCUUCGCCGGGCGCUGUUCUCUCUAGAAGCUACAGCGCGAGAAGCCAGCGAGGCCGAGCAGUCGAGUCUCACGCCAUAUUCGGGGGCCUUUGCCUCUGCCUUGUCACUGGCAUCGAUCUGGCUACCCCAAAUGGAUGAGGUCAUGCGCAAAUGGCAUUACCCUAUGAAUCCAUCAAGUGAUACUGUUACUUUCCAACAAUCCCUUCGUCACAACCGCCAAGCGUCGUGGCGAUUUGUCCAGGCUGCUGGGACUCUUACCCGAGCUUUGCACGGUGAUGCCUUGGGAGAAGAUACGUCCAACGCGGUAUUCGACUUUUCUCAAAUUGCCCCUGCCCCUAAUGAGGAUGAGUCUAUUGACCCAGAGGCUCAGUUUGGGUAUGAUUUUCUCAAAGCGAUCUUGCUUUGGAUCCAGGGUGGCAGGCAAGAACUACUCAAUGGGUUCAAACGACGGCAACAUUCAAGACGCGUAGAAGGACGGUUCCCCAUUCCAGACGGAGCUACUGAUGAUGCAAUCGAUACUAUCCUUAUACCUUAUCUCCGGGGGCUUGCUAAAGACACUCCAAUCGUCAAUGUGGACGCCUCCCGCUUCGAGCAUGAUUCCACUCGCAUUCUGUUUCAGACUCAAGUUGCCGCUGUGACUGCGUUCGGCAAUGCAGUGCGGUUGCCAUUAGAGGAAUUGAGAACUACAGCUGCUCGCAUUGAUCGCCGCCGCGUCUCGAAUCCAUCUUCGCAUGUUCGGUCCUUGGAUCGAGCAUCCGCUACUAGGUUCUGGGUCCUGCGGGUGGGCCGAGGCAUUCUCAUGGAUGCCGGGACUGGUGUCAAUUUCUCAUUUGUUAACCGAGCCUUUGGUGGAAUUCAUACGACUACCGAUGAAUCGACGAGUGAGGAGGACUUGGAGAGAUCCCAGGAUGAUAUUGAUCCCGAUGUGGAAGAAGCCCGUGUGAAAGAGAUCGAGGUCGUGAGGACUGCUCGGUCAGGUCCGAUUCCCCCUCCAGAAGGAACCACGGCGACUCCUGUUCGUGCUUAUCCGGGUUCCGAAGCCUCCGAAGCGGAAGUGCGUCCGAACCGCGGUGAUAGCAGCGAAGAAGAAGACUCCGAGGGUGAGGACGAGGAUGAGGAGAUGCAAAGUGAUGAAGGGGAGGAGGAGGAGGAGGAGGAGGAGGAGGAAGAAGAAGAAGAUGGCUGGCACCUGGGCUUAGGAGAUUCCUCGGAGGACGGCGAUGACGGGGAGUCGUGGGAUGAGGACGGCGAAGAGCCACUAUUCAUACGUGGUACCACCCGCAAGUCACGCCGUGGAGAGGUCGAGUCUAGUGCGCCGGUUUCUGCUCACACGCGGGUCUACCGUGGACAUUGCAAUAUCAAGACCGUCAAAGAUGUCAAUUUCUUCGGGCUGAACGAUGAGUAUGUGGUCAGCGGGAGUGACUCGGGACAUCUUUUCAUUUGGGAUCGCAAGACGGCGAACCUAGUGAAUAUUCUCGAGGGAGAUAGUGAGGUUGUCAACGUUGUCCAAGGCCACCCUUACGAACCCACCAUCGCCGUCUCUGGUAUUGACAGCACCAUCAAAAUCUUCUCUCCAGAUCGUUACGCCCAAGAUCUCGCUCACCGCGGCAUCAAUAUUCUGGAUCCCGACAACCCCGCCAACCUCGUCGGAUCCGCCGUGCGCAAUCUGGGUGGACUCGAGAGCCGCAAGCGCAUUCACGAUAGCUACCGUAUUAUGAGUCAGAACGAUGUCGAUCGUCGCGGUGGCAUGAGUGAAGCCUACAUCACAAGAAGCAUGCUAGCGCGUCUUGCUGCCACCCUCCGUGGCGGACAAGCUGGAACUGGCGGCCUAGCUGCCGGGCUGGCUCCGGGCGAGGGGGCUACCGUUGUCCUCGAUGAUAAUUGCCUUGUCUGUCCUUCCUUAAUGACCUUGCAGACCUUUAUUGGAGAAAGCUAA